UCUUUGUUAUUUUAUUGUUUCUUUGGGAGACCGAGAGAAGUUGGAUAAUGGUAAAUGCGCAAGCAAGAGCUUUGAGCUAUAAACCCCUCAACUGUCACCUCUGCCUCACUCAAAAUGGCAGUUCAAUAUUCUGGGUUGUGUUUGCCAAAUUCCAUAACUCACCUUUGUUUUCUGCAACACCGUCCUCUUCAUUUAAGACAACCUCUUAAAGCUUGUGCGUCAACUCAUCUGCAAUCCUCACCCACCAUUCAGAUUAUUGGUGGAAGCACAAGUCAAUAUAGAAAUGGAAAUGGUAGCAGCAUACUUGACAGCAGAAGGGUUGAGGAUGAUUGGUUUGAUCUGGAGACAGAUCUUUAUCAGUGGAUUAAGACACUGCGUCCUGUUCAGUGGUACCCCGGUCACAUAGCAAAAACUGAAAGAGAGCUGAAAGAGCAACUCAAACUAAUGGAUGUUGUGGUGGAAGUACGAGAUGCCAGAAUACCAAUGUCAACAAGUCAUCCCCAGAUGGACCUGUGGAUCGGUAAUCGAAAAAGAAUUUUAGUUUUAAACAGAGAAGACAUGAUAUCCACGUCAGACCGAAAUGCCUGGGCAGCCCAUUUUGCAAAGCAGGGAAUAAGAGUUGUUUUCUCUAAUGGACAACUUGGAAUGGGCAGCAUGAAAUUAAGUCGCCUGGCAAAAUCACUUGCUGAUGAUGUGAAUGUCAAACGGCGGGCCAGAGGGUUACUUCCUCGUCGUGUUCGAGCUGGAAUUGUAGGGUAUCCAAAUGUUGGUAAAUCAUCGUUGAUUAAUCGUUUAUUAAAGCGUCGAAUGUGUCCAGCAGCUCCUCGACCGGGUGUUACAAGAGAACUAAGGUGGGUUCGGUUCGGGAAGGAUCUAGAGUUGUUAGAUUCUCCUGGUAUAAUCCCAAUGAGGAUCAGUGACCAAUCAGCUGCUAUAAAGCUCGCUAUAUGUGAUGAUAUUGGUGAGAGAUCAUAUGAUGUUGCUGAUAUUGCAGCAUUACUUGUGCAAAUGCUCGCGAGGAUACCGUCAGUAGGUACAAAAGCUCUUUACAAUCGUUACAGGAUUGAGACAGACGGUCAGUCUGGUCAAAUAUUUGUUCACAAGCUUGCUGUGCAACUAUUUAGUGGGAAUGUUCAUCAGGCAGCAUUUCGCAUCCUUACAGAUUUCAGGAAGGGUAAAUUUGGAUGGUUUGCUCUUGAAAGGCCUCCAAGCCUAAGGUAGAGCUUCUGAUGAAGCCAAAAGCGAAAUGGAGGAGAAAGAGGCGACAAAUUGGAGAUAAAGUGAUACUCAUGAAUAUAUAUAUAUCUAUAAUGUCUCAAACACAAAAACUCCCCUAAUGUACUCAUCAGCAUUUUACUGGGAGAAUCAGCAUUUUACUGGGAGAAGACAUGUAGACAUGAUGUUAACCUUCAAGGCUCGGACGAGGUUUUGACAGCAGCCAGCUGGCCAGUAGCAACACGGCGUUGGAUGGUUUGCAGUGGUUCAUUCAUUUUGUUGGUCAUCAUGCAUGGAUUACUAUUUUGCUUCGUGCACUAAAUCACUGAUGUAUUUUGCUGUACAGUGUAGUCGUUCUGUAAAUUAUGCAACAGAAUUAGAGAGCUCUUUUUGGCAUCGCCAAAAGGGCUGGUCAGAGCAUACUGGACAAGGACAGCAGACAAUGUGUUGUACUUUUGUAUACUGAAGUCUAUUUUUAGCGAUAAAGGAGAUUAUUUAAACAUACACAAA